ACAGCCGGAAGACCCACCGGGAGCUCGAGCACAGCAACGCUUUUUCUCUCCGUAUACCCUCGUAGCAACACCACGCACGAGAAAAAUUGAUGCUUUUUAUACUCUCUGGAAAAGAAUAUCCGAAGCAACUUAACAUUACAAAGACAGGACACAGAAGACGGUUUAUUUAACGUAGGAACAUGUCGCAAGGUGCUUCGAAACGUUUUCUGCAGCAAAGUGGUCGAUAAUCUCGGAGAAAGUUUGACGGGGUGCACCGUUCCUCUGGGCUGCUGCAGGAAGCACUGAGCAAUAUGAUUAAUGUGUACAACUACCUACCCAAAUACCAGCAGGGUUUGAAGAAAACUCUGAAACUCGGUUUGGACCUUGACGACUUUCUUCGACUUGUACACAGGGAAUUUGGUCUUCCUCCAUGGCAAAACUUUUGUUUGGUAACAACAGACAGAACAGUUGUUGACCAUGUCAAAUUUAAGGAGCUUCAGGAUAACAGCACCCUCUACUUGUUGCAAAGCGAGGACCAAGACCUUCCAGUGGCAGCUGAGGAGGUCAUCAACUUUGUUCCUCAUUACAACACGCUAAUCGAGAGCGGAACAUUUGAAUACUUUGCCGAGGGCCAGAAAUCACUGCCCUGCUCUCUUGCUGAGCUGGUGGACAACUCUCUUUCGGCUACAGCUAAGAACACAGGAGUCAGGACGAUAGAGAUCCGGCUGCUUUUUGACAAAACAUUUGGGAAGCCUGCUGUCGUGGUGUUGGACAAUGGAUGCGGGAUGACCUCCAAGCAGCUCAAUAACUGGGCUGUUUACAGACUCUCUAAGUUCACAAGGGAAAACAGCGCAUUUGAAAGUGAAAGAGAAGAUUACACUCGUCCCAAUCCUGUACCUCGCAGUCUCAACAGUGAUAUAUCCUACUUUGGAGUUGGGGGCAAACAAGCAGCGUUCCACAUUGGAAACUCAGUCAGAAUGAUCAGCAAACCAAGAAACUCUCCAGAUGUUCAUGAGCUGGUUCUAUCAAAGGACGAAUUUGAGAAAAAAGAGAAGAACAAAGAGGAUGUUUACCAAGGGACCAUCUUAAACAGGAAGCCUGGUGACUUCUCGCACAUAACACACGAGGAGUGCUUCCUUCAGGACAUCAUCAAGGAGGAAACCAGGAAGGAAAGCUUCACUGCUGUUGUUAUAACAGGAGUCUGUCACGAUCACAUCAACUAUCUAAAAGAUGAUUUUCACGAGUGGACCAGACAGCUAGCGCACAUUUAUCAUUAUUACAUUCAUGGAGUCAACGGAAACCACAAAAUGGACCAGUCUCAAAAAUCAGACGUCAGUCCAAAUAUUAAUAUUGUGGUAACCUUGCGGGAGAAACCGCCUAAAGGUUUGCGUCAGAAGAAUCUCAAAGAAGUGCAGGAUGACUUGCAGACCCUGUACAUAAACUCAGCUGUAGACACAUUUGAGUUCAAGGCCUCCACUCCCGACGGUGGCAUCUUGGACGGAAUCCUGAGAUAUCAUCCAUUUCUUUACGACAAGGAGACCUACCCCAAAGAUCUGAAUGCUCUUCAAGCACCUGUUGAGGAAGAUGAUGAUGAGAAUCAGUCUGGAACCAUGAAUCGGGCCAGAGGGAAGAGGGAUAUCUUUGAGUGUUUCUGGAAUGGACGACUCAUCCCUUACACCACAGUUUCUGAGUUCGAUUGGUGCCGUCGGCCCAAUAAAAGUACAUUGCCCCUGGAGUGUUUCAGCCGCUUCUCUGGGGUGCUUUUCACCAACGACAAAUUCCGGGUCAAUGCCAGCAAACAGAAGUUUAUGGACUUGGAGCUGAAACUGAGGCACAAGGAUAAUCUUUUUACCCCUGUUUUUAACAUUCAGAAAUCCUCAAAAAAUCGAAACAUCCAGAAAGAGUUCAUCCAGUGGCUUGAAAAAUGUCACAGUCAGUUUGAUAAGCAGGUAAAGUUCCUUGGCUAUGUGAAGACUGUGAAACGACCUGAUGUGUCCAUUAAGAAGUCGCAGUAUCCCUGGGCGGUGUUCUCCACUAUUGAAUUAGAUGGCAAAAUAUACAAAGCAGGGGAUCUUGUGAAAUCUCAGAAAACUCAGCCGAUUUAUUACGGCAAAGUGAAUAAAUUUUUCCUGUAUGGAGAUCAUGACGGAGAUGUGUUUGCCACCGGUGGAGAAGUGGAAAUCACUCGUGUGCCAGAGGCGCUUUAUGACAAUUACACCAGGAUUAUACCCAUCUCCAAGAUUGACCGGUCUGCUACAAUCGAAAGCAUUAAGAAAUACAUCGAGACCGACAUUGACAAGUUGCCAGCAAAGCUGGGCGUCACAUGGCCUGAAGGGAAUCCUUUGCCACAAAAUGCUAUUAUUCCUGCUGGGACUCCUUUAGGGCCCUUAGCUGUGGAAAUUCUUAACAGAAAUGAGAAAUCGAUCUCAUCCAGGAUUAAUACAGGGGGUCAAGGCGGAGGGAUAAGACUGAAUGUUGGACUCAGAAUAUUCUUUCAUGGUCCCAAAGAAGUCAAACAACCCAAAGAGAUUUGUUAUUUCAGUGCCCAAUAUGUACCUACCCAUGGACACUGGUUCAAAAAAAAUGAAUCCCUGGUCAAUCUGGGGAAGUACACUCUGACUCUAAAAGCUGAGUUAAGUGACAACAACUCCAAGACGUCCUAUGGCGGCAAAGAGCUUCCGAGCUACGAGCACAAGUUCACAGUCAAAGAGGGAAAUGCAGAGAACUUUACUAUUGGUCAACUGAACCCCACUCUGCGCAUUGGAGUGCCAUUCAGUAUUCCCAUGCAGAUGACCGAUUCUUAUGGCCACCCAACAAAACCUCCUCCAAAUCUCAAGCCUGUUCUUGAAUGCAGUGAUCUGGAAGUGAGUUUUGAGACAACGGGCACCAGUGGGAACAGCUUUACCAUCAAAGGUGUCAAAAUCAUAGGGAAAGUCCAGAAUUACCAACAGUCCAGGAACUUUGAUCUGAAAGUGACACUUCCAGGGUUGAAAAAACAAACACAGACUAUCAAGAUCAAUCCCUUUCCUGGCAAUCCGCAUUCCCUUCUUGUGAAACCGGAAGUAAAACCAGUGAAAGUGGAGAAUGGAAACCCAGUUAGUUUUACUGUCGAAGUUCACGAUGAGGCUGGAAACAUCACAGCCAACUCUAAACAGAUAGUUCGCUGCCAGAUUUCAGAGCUUAAGUUGGCAGUGACAGACUGCAGCAACACAGGAACCGGCCAGAUUGUGACAGAGCCUAUAAACCUGAAAAUUGUCAAUGGAGAGCCACAAAUGCUGCAAGCUAAAUUUGACAUGCCUAGUCAGAAACAUGUUGUAGCCAUCACAACAGAGCUGAAGGUAAUGCCAAGCUGUCGAGUGUCCCGGAUGGAGCUUUUCUGUGAGGGAGAGGAAAGGCUGGAGCUGAAGUACAAGGAAAAGAUACAGUGGCAAGCUGGAGGGAUGCUGGAAAACCUCCUUUUUAAGCUCUAUGAUGAGUCUGGCCAGGAGGUGAAGGUCACACCUGAAAUAGCCUUCAACAUCAAGGUUAACUGGACAGGAGACAUUGAUCAGAAGGCUUUGAUGAUGGGAAGGCUGCCAGACAUUCAGGUUCCCACAAAAGUCCAGGAAGAGCGAUUCCACCAGGUCUCCUACCGGGACCACAGUGUGUCUUUCAGCUUUACCAUUGUGCCUUGUCCAGAUGAACCAGCGCGACUGAAGGCAACUGUUCCUGAGAACCCGGUGAAACUCGGUGAAACUGUCACUGAACCCAUAAAGUUGCAGCUUGUGGACCGGUACGACAAUGUCACCAAUAGCCUGACCUCUGACUGUGUGAGGUCAAUGGCUGUGGAAGCUGAGGGUCUCGAUAAAUCGAACAUUGCAUUCAUAUGGGAGGAGAGCAUCAGUUCUGUUGCAGUCUCUGGAAUUCGUUUCAACUCGGGGCCUCUGGGGACCAGAGAAGUUUGCUUCAGCUACGGCGACUACACAGAACAUAUCAACUUUAAAGUGACGGCCGGAAUCCCCGCCAAGCUUAAACUCCUCAGUGGGCCUGAGAUGCCUUUGCAGUUUUUGAAUGGUACAGGUAUUUCCACGCCAUUCGUUGUGCAGUUGUGUGAUGAGUGGGGAAACCCUUCCCCAGACCAGAGAGUGGUGGUGGAGACAAGAGCUUCACCCUCAACAGUAAAGGUGACAACAUCUGUCACUUCCCAACCUGUGGAUGCAGAAGGAAAAGCAGCUUUUACAGUUAUUAAUGUGAAAGGGUUAAAGGGAUACUAUCAACUCGAAUUUGUAGGGUGCUUUAACAGGAAACCCAUCCCUGGUCCACAUGUGAACUUCAAUAUCAACCCUGAUCCCAACAAACCCGUCACACUUUCUGUAAACUACGACACUAGUGCCAGGUUUCUAGCUGGAGACACAUUCCCUGUUUUUUCUGUGGCCGUGGUGUCUGAUGCAGGGAGUGCGAUGACAGCUUUUAAAUCUGCCGAUUUGUCCAUGUGGUAUUGGAGGGGAGAGUCAUUGCCACGUCCAGAAUCAGCCACUAUGCUGAAGUGCAGUAAACCGAUGGAGAAUGAGAACAAAUGCUGUUAUUACUUUAGAGAUAAAAAAAUCCCACAAAGUGUUGGGACAUACACCAUACAAUUCUCCCUGCGGAUUGAAAAAACAGAAGUCUUGUUCAGUAAUCAGAUCAACGUAAAUGUAGUGGCCAAUCAACCCUUCAAGCUAGGACCUGAAUGUCAGCCACAAACCCCAGUUGUUUCCUACAGCAGAGACAUCGCCAACCGAACUUUAGUUGAGAACAUGACUCUGAAGAUUAUGGAUCAGUAUGGUAAUCCAACCGGGCAGAACCUGAAAGGCAAGGUGUUGGUCUCCAUAAAGUGUCCUGAUGGGGAGCAAAGCAGAAACCUCCCUCUGCUUGAAGAGGUCAGCACUUUUCAAAUAAACCUAAAAGAUGGAAGCAUCCACAUCAAAAGGCUGGCGAUCAGGGAGAACAGUCCUGGAGAGAACGGACGAAGAUACAUUCUCAUUUUCAAACCAGAAGUGACGAUGCCUCCAACAUCUCUGAGUCCUUUUGAACUUCCCUUCCAUUUUUACAACGACUCUGAAAACCAACGAAAAGUAUCUGAACUGACGAAGAAGAAGGAUGAGCUGACCGUUAAUUAUGAGAAAGUCAACCAAAAAUGUUCCUCGCUUGCCAGACUUCGUGAAUUGCUUACUAAAAACGUCCUGGAUGCCAACAAAAAAGAGGAAACCCUCAAAAAAGUGCUGGAAGAAAGCAAAAUAAAAGUUUUGCAACUUUCAUCUAUCCAAAAUAUUGACAGCUUACUCCGAGAAAAGACAGCUGAAAAGGAAACGAUAGAGAGUACUCGCAGGAGAGUGUUUCCUCUGUCUAACCGCAGUGGACCAGAUAUCCUUGGGAAGGUGGGCCACCUUGCACAUAUUAGCGAUGAGGACGCUUCCUGGAUCAUUUCUUGGCACCUGUCUUCAGAAAUGGACUGCGUCAUCACCAAGACGACAGCAGAAGCUCAGAGGAUCUUCCGUAACGAACAUGGCAGGCAGCAGGUCAUGGCCCUCGACAGCAUUUAUGUGCAACCAGGAAGCAGACCUCUACCGCACAUAAAACAAGGCCGUGAACUGUUCAGUCCAGUUGGGAACCCGCUCUACGCGAGGAACUUGCUGAUUUAUACCACUGAAGAGGAGAGCUGUGAGCUUGUGUUUAAAAAUAUCCUCGGUAACACUAUUCUCAUGGAUGACAUAGAGUCUGCCACCAAUUACAGGAAGGCGGUUAUUCAGAACAAGAACUAUUGUCCCACCAUAUUGACCCGGGACGGGAACAGGCUCCACUCCAGUGGCAAGUUCGGGGGCGCACAGAAUAAAGCACCACCAAGGGACAUAGUGAAGAAGUUUGGAGCCCCUCUACCUCAAAGCUAUUACACACUGCAGAAGGAGAUAGAGUUGCUCAUUCAAUAUCGUUCAACUUUGGAGAAGAAAAAAGACGAGGAAGAUAAGCGUAAUAUUACGAUACAGAAGCUUUGUGAAAUUCAACAAGAAAUGGAGAAAACUAAGAAGGAGCUUGAGGAGAUUGAAAGGCAGCUUGCAUCAGUGAGAUCAGGGAAACGAGGACCUAAAGACAUUUCAGAGCCUUCUGGCCUCAUGAUAAAACGCCCAAGACAAAGAUCCAUGGAUACGCCAGAGAGGUUUUAGCUCAACUUGUGAUUUUGUUGUUUUUGUGUAUUUCUUUUUAAUCCAUCUUGAAUGUUUUAAGUUUACAACUUCUAAAGUGAAUUUACUUGGAAGACAGGCUCAUUUCAGUGAAGUCACUGUUUCUAAAAAAUAAACUGUUUUUUCUGAA